CAGCAAUAAUCUUUACUGCUCUCAACUUCAAAAACCCGCAAUUGAAGAUCAGUGUUGAUAUCGAUUACUUGAAGGUCUUCGCGAAGCGAUUACAGAGCUACACCAUCGCGACGACUAGACCUACCAGAGAAUCUUUCCCAUCAACUGAUCCCAUCCUCUCUGGCGAAAUGUCUGUUCCCCGCGCAAUCCGCACUGUCUUCCUCGCUAUCGAGCAAGCGGAAGGCGCAGGCGCUCGCGUCCGCCGUUCAAUCGGCACUCCAAAGCUACGCAACUUCUCGCCAUUCCUCAUGCUAGAUCACUUUACCAUCGGCAAGGGCGCCGGCUUCCCCGACCACCCGCACCGAGGCCAAGAAACAAUCACCUACUUGCUUUCUGGUGGUGUCGACCAUGAAGAUUUCGCAGGAAAUAAGGGCACAAUCGGACCGGGCGAUUUGCAGUUUAUGACAGCAGGCAAGGGAAUCAUGCAUGCGGAGAUGCCGCAUGAGAACGAAGACGGCAGCCCCAACGUCGGCAUGCAGCUGUGGGUUGAUCUGCCUAAGAAGCUGAAGAUGUGUGAGCCAAGGUACCGCGAUUUGCGCGCGAGCGAGAUUCCUGUCGCGACGGUUGACCAGGGUCGCGUGACUGUUAAGGUUAUCUCCGGACAGAGCCAUGGUGUUGAUUCUGUACGUGAUCUUGCUUACACGCCGGUCUGGCUGCUGGAUGUGGCGAUCAAGCCUGGUGGUCGGAUCACCCAGAUCCUCCCUGUGGGGUGGAAUGCGUUUGCCUACACAUUGGCUGGGACGACUGUGUUCGGUUCAAAUAACUCGACACAGCUGGUGAAGCAAUUCCAUAAUGUUGUUUUUGAGCAGAGUGGAGAUCACGUCGAGGCGUCAGUGCCAGAUAAUGCGGAGGAGGACUCGAGAUUCAUCCUUGUCGCUGGGCAGCCGCUGGAUCAAAAAGUUGUGCAGUACGGGCCGUUUGUGUUGACAAGUCAGGAGGAGGUCUAUCAAGCUAUGCUUGAUUACCAGACUGCCUCAAAUGGGUUCGAAAGAGUUCGGGGGUGGGAGAAAUAUGUAUGGAUUAUUAUGAUGACGACCUCAAACACAAGUCCUCAUUCGUAG